AUGGAGGAUGAGGAAGGCUACUUGGCGCUUAACAUCCAAGCCAGAAAAGAGCAGAGUCAGAUCCCUGUGUCUCUGAAACCAGAUACUCUGCUGAGAUAUCGUUGUUAUCGUUGGACCAUUACUGGGGCUGGAUGUGUUUUGAUCAGCCUUUUAGUAGGAGCUGUGAUAGCACUGCGUAUCUGUGCUUUUCAGAGAAGACAAUACAAGGAUGCUUUCGACAAAUCUUUUGACUCUCAGGAGACCACCAAUGGCACAGAAACUAAGCACAGCUUGGAGAAUGUUGUCUCUCGCUUGCAGACGUUUUCGUGUAAACCAGUUCCAGUUAGCUCAACAGAGAGUUUCAGAUGCCACCUGUGUCCUGGAAACUGGUCUUACCACGAUGGCAAAUGUUACUGGAUUUCGAAAGAAGCCGGAACCUGGAACAAAAGCCAGGAAGAUUGCAGAGCCAGGGGUGCUCAAAUGCUGGUGCUAAAGGAACAGGCAGAAAUGACAUUUAUCCAGAGUAUUUCUGAAGAGACAGAGUCGCUAUGGAUUGGCUUGGUAGGAACAUUUCCAGGAAGAAAGUGGAUGUGGGUUGAUGAUUCCCCUUUGAAUGAAAAACUGCUGCAAGAACUGGGGCCCUUCUUAGGAAACAGCUGCGGGAUGUUGAACGGGCACAAAGUUAUUGCUGAAGCCUGCAUUACUCUCUCCAUGUGGGUUUGUGAGACAGUACCUCUGGAUAUAAAUCAACACUUGACUUGA